GGGAGGGGGAGGGAGAGGCGAGCCAGAGAGGGAGGGAGGGAGAGUGACCUGCAGGAGCCGCGGCUGGAGGCAAGGACUGACCGACCCACACUCGGACUGGCUUUACCGGGAACAUGGCGACGAUCCUCUCACAGUACAGCACCACGGGAUUUUACAAUGCACCAGUGAGCAAAGGCCUGAUGGGAUGCAUGUUCCUCACCUGCACCGCCCUCAACGUGCCGCUGCUGGCACACCUCCGCAAAUACCUCAUCUGCAAGUUGCCUGAUGUCUUCUUCAAGGGGGAGAUCUGGAGAAUAGCGUCAGCAAAAAUAUCUUUCGUCGAUACUAAGGAUCUUGUCUGUGGUUCAUUAUUAAUAUAUUAUUUCAGGGUGUUUGAGAGAAGGUAUGGGUCACACAAGUUUUCCUCCUUCUUGGUGGCCUCACAAGUCCUCACCACUGUGUUGGAGGUCCUCACCAUCCUCACACUGCAGUGGUUCGCCAUUGACCUCCACUCUGGGGGCUUCCUUCCACCAGGGCCAUAUGGUGUGAUAUUCCCUCUGUUUGUCAAUUACUUGUUUGACAUUCCCCGGGUGGCCCAAACCAGUGUGCUGGGCAUCCCCAUCACCGGCAAGACGCUCACGUACCUGCUGGGGCUCCAAGUCUGCUCCACCUCUGCAGCGACAGCCAUAUCAGCUUGUGCAGGCAUUAUAGCUGGGAUCUUCUACCGCUACAACAUCCUGUACGUGCAGCAGGUGCCAUGGGUGCCUGGGUGGCUGGCCCGGGGCGCCAGUGCCACCCUAGCCCGCCUGUUGGCCUCCCCACCCCCACCAGAAGGCCCUGCAGGUGCCACUCUGGAGCUGCAGCGUCAGGAGCAGAUAGAAAUGUGGGAACAGCAGAUGAUGAUGAACAGGGCGAGAGAGAUGCGCAACAGACCAGGGGCCAAUGGUGCCGUACAUCCCUUCAUGCAAAACUUUAUUGGCCGAAGGCAAAACAAUCCAGCCCAACCCAACCCUCCACCAACGGAGGAGCAAGUGCAGACACUGGUGGAAAUGGGCUUUGACCGGCAGAGAGUUAUCAACGCACUGCAGACAUGCAACAAUGAUGUCAAUACUGCCACACAUUUACUGCUUCAGGAGUCAUGAUAAACAUAGAUAUGUAGCUGUGUGCUCGAGUGCCUGUGUGCAUGCAUGUAUGUAUCCAGUGUGAAUGCUGCUUGCAUGAAAAUUUGCAUAUAAGCAAAUUGGAAGUUAUGUUGCAGCACUCGAAGCUGCCCACUUGUAUUGAAACAGUAAGGGUUCACUUACAGCCAGAAACAGUGUAAUAAAGAAUGAUACUCAACUUGUCUUGGGUCUGCUGGCUGGGCUCCAGCUGACUGAGUCAUUGUUCUUCCUAUUGUUUACAUUUUACAUUUAAGGUUGAUGGGUAUUGUUGAUGAUGUGUAGUUAUUUAUUAUAUUUAUUUUAUACUGUGCUGUCUGCAGUUGUAUUUAGUCUUCAUACCUGUUAAAAAAAAUGUGUUGAGUUCCAGGUAGCUGCAUACUUCACAAAUGUGUUCAUGCUAGUCACAGCAUGUGGAGAGAGGAAGUUCAAAUGACAAUAAGUUUAUACUUUUUUAUGACCUUGUGGAUGGGUGUCCACAUGUUAAGUAUUAUAGUAAGGUAAUAAGGAAGAGAAUAGCUUCAGAUCAUAGGUUCACUUACCACACUGCUGCUGAUCACCAGCUUGCAGUGUGUCAGGCUGUGUUUCUACUCCAGAGGAAACACUGAUGGACUUCCUCUUGUGUCUCCCAGCACUGAUAUGAAAGACAGACUUUCAGAACUGCGUGCUUGAACUGAAAGGUCUUGCUGCUGCUGCUUCAGUUGUGCUGCUCCAUUGUAUAGUUUUCAUUGCCAUGCUUUGUUCAGUGGAAGUCAGAACAUACAGUUAUUUAAUGUGCUCAUUUAUUUGUGUUAUUAGGUUCUUUUGUAUGAAACAUAUACAGUAACCGCCCGUUGUUCAACAUUUCGCUCUUUCAAUAUUUAUAUUUACAUACUAUUUUUUGUUGUUUCAACAUGCAGUCUUACCCUUUUUGACAUAUCAAUUUUCAUAUUGCAUGCCAGACUGGCCUGGGUGCCAGGAAGCCAAUCCAACUGAGUAGGUUUUAUUAGCUGGGCUGUCUCCUUUUCUCCCCUCUAUUUUUGUUUACUCUCUCAGACUUUGUCACCACCAUCAGAUAAUGAUGAAAGAUCACCAUCAGUAAAUAUUUUUGGUAAAAACUUAUCUUGUUGGUAAUGCAUUUUUUCACUUGGUAUUUCAUCUUCAUUGUCACUUUCUACAUUUUGAAUGAGCUUACAUUUUACUGACACUUUCUUAAAUAAUGAUUUUACACUUAGCCACAUCAUGACUGAAGGAUGGAAAGGGAAGAAGGUUGUCAGAUGAUGAGGACUUGUUGCCCAUGCUGCAUAGAAUCCUACUGAAGAUGGUGGGGAUAGAGGAAUAAGAUGAGAGGUUCCCCUACAUGGCAAUAAGGUUAGUUGAUGUCUACUGUGGCGAUAAAUUUCAUGAGACUCGUUUGAACUCUGCAGUCUGAUCAGCUGAUGCACUACCAAAAUGGGAGCCCCUCACAACAUUCCUGCAUCAGUUCCACAGCUUAUCUUGGCAGAUAAGCUGUGACUGUGUAUUGGAAGCAGCCACUAUUGAGGUUGAAGGAGAUAGGGCAUUACUGAUGGUGGCAUAAAUGAUAUGACACUGCCCACAUUCAAAUAGCUGUGGUUGGUGGUACAGUCCCUUUGCCCACCAUCUUUGCCCAAUGUUUACAUUCACCUAAAUGUCAAGCCAAGGUCACAUGAGUCACUGAUAGCCCUGUGCUAGGCAGUAUUCUGCAGGGUGGAGGCUGCCCCAGUCUUGCUCACCAAGAGAAAGUGGCCACAUUGCAGAAAGAAUUGUCCACCCAGUCUGAGGCAGAUCCUGCCACAAGCCUCAAAAUAACAAAUGUCAGGAGGGUUGGCAAGUCAAAGGUUGACACAUUCUGGCUAAAUACUUGGCCUGUACAAGUAAUUGGUGAAAGACUCGCCUCAUCGUUGCAACCACCAUAAAAAUUUGUUUGCCUCAAACUCUAAGUUCAAGCAAGGGUGCGGGUCUCAUCAAAUUUAUUAGUGUUCAGCUCAUGAUCACAAUUUUCUCAGAUAACUGUAAUGUUAUAUUUUUAAGCUGUAGUAUUCUCUUUCAUUAUUUAUAUGCCUUAAUACUUUAGCUCAGCUAGUUUUGAAGAGUACUGACCUUCAUUAGCUUCUGCUACCCAAGCAUGAUUUGCCCAGGGAAACACAGUGCCAUCCUUGGCAGGGAUGAGUGGAAUGGGCAAAUUUGGGGCCCUUUUUUUCCCAGGAUGGGCAUCCAGCCUGGACAAAACUUUCCAGCUUUCCAUGACUAGUGUAAGGACAUUUUAAUGCUCCACCACCCACCUUCCAUGACCCGUGAGGCUCACACCACCUUCUUGCACCACAAGUUGGGCCAAGAUGGCAGCAUUAGUUGAACUGUUCAGUGAAUGGUGUCCAAGUGAAUACACUCCAGGUGAUGGAGCCACCCCUGACAAAGCAGCUGCCAGGAAUAUUUCAGAAGAAUUCAGGAAUUUUUUUGUUUUCCUUUUUUAUUAAACUUUUAAAAAGGUGGUUAGGAACGUAACUUCCUUAUUUCUAUAUAUGAGAAAAAUAGGUUCAUUAUUCAAUAAAUUCAUUAUUCUAUGGAACACAAGUCUGUUGAACAGCGGGGGUUCCUGUAUCCCAUUGAAAUCAAGGUAUCUUGAUGAGAGGGGCUGACAAAAUAUUCUUUCUCAUUUUAACUACUACAUUUUUUUAUGAUCGAUUUAUCAGAAAAUAUAUGUUUAUCAGUAUGGUUUGAUGUGGGAACAAUGCCAUUUGCUCAUUAAACAGGUAAUUGUUACUUUCAAUGAACAUGUGUAAUGCAUGUUGCUCAUCUUCUGAAUCAGAGACUUCCAUAGUCAAGGAACUCUUGAAGCAUCCACAUCAUGCAAACACCCUUUUAUUUUUCAUAUUUCCAAGCAUGCACAACAAGCCUAGGACAAAAAUGUAGCAGCACAUCCCCACUCACUCACAUGCCAUAUCACAUCACUUAGCAGCAAUUUUCAAAAGUGACAGUCAAGGGUUAUCGGGAGCUUUGGGUUAUUUUUUUAUUCAAAGGAUCAAUUGUUUAAAUCUUCCAAGUUGAGAGUUUUUUCUAUAUGUAAUGUUCCAUGGUUGUGUGUAUGGAGGUAUAAUUGGAAAGGGGCAAUAGUGGACUACUGUGCUAUGCUAUUGUGUUAUAUUGAAAAAAUUGAAGAGAGGCUGAAGUAUGCAAGAUCAAGGACAAGAAGAAAGUGAAGCCUCUUUUACCAUAGGCAUUCUUUUGAGAGUUUCAAAUACAAAGGUAAUAAAAUAUGUCAACAUCUAUGCAACAUGUUUAUUUCAGAAAUAUUAUGAAGAUUUGUGUAUGAUACAGCAGAUGAAGUUUUAAAUAUUCAUCAAAAAUGUAAAACCAGGAAAAUUGUGUCAUGAGUUUUGUUGAAUUUUGUUGUGUAAUAAUUUUAUCAUUCAUUAAAUCAUAAAUCAUCAUCAUCAUCAUCAUCUUUAUGUAAAGUAAAAUAAUACUAAUGUUUGACCUAAAAAUGUGUGGCUCUUGAAUAACGGUGAUUUGCGAUUCACUUGCUGUAACCGUGGUCAUGGCCGUGGCUUUUUCAAUACUGAAAGACCAUUGUCAUUGUUUCAGCCCAAAAGUCCAUGCUGAGUUCAGGCACAGAGUGAGAUUACAAAGUCUUGUUCUAGGACCUGCAUUUCUUGAUUUUUUUUUUUUUUUUUUUUUUUUUUUUUUUUUUCCCUCGUCAUUUUACAGUGCACAUUCAUAGAACAAUUACUUUGGCUUCCACAGUGAAUGUAGUGUGUGUGUGUGUGUGUGAGAGAGAGAGAGAGAGAGAGAGAGAGAGAGAGAGAGAGAGAGAGAGAGAGAUUGUAUUCAUUAUUUUGAAGAAAAAAGAAAAGAAAUCUCCAUUACUUUUUAGUAAGAUGCAGAUGCAAUGAAAAAGUGUGUGUGUGUGUGUCUGUGUGUGUUUAUAUACAUAAAAGGCAGCUGUUGGCUGCAGGGAGUUCUAACAAUUGUGUGUUAUAUAAAGUCAGAACAAUGCAGAAGUGAAGAAAUAAAAUGUAUGUAAGUUGUAUUUUACAGAAAAAGAGCAUAAAUAUUUGAAGGAAAAAAAUGUAAUGCUGGAAGUAAUGACAGAAUUUUCUUCUACACACACACACACACACACACACACACACACACACACACACACACACACACACACACAAACAC